UGUUUUUUACUUUCCCUCUCUAGAAUCUCUCCCUCUCUCUAGCUUUGCAAUGCACACCGCCUCUCACUCUCCCCUCAUCUCUCCACCUCCUCAUUCCCUGACCCCCAAUCGGAUCCGGGCCCCAACCCAUGUCCGAUUCGGGCUCCGACCCGUCAGCAUCCGCUCCAAGGGUCCAAUUAGGGUUUCGUCUCCUUCGUCAACGUCGAGUCCGAUGGAAGCGACGGAGGAGGAGGUGGAUGGGUUCGUGGCGGUGGCGAACAAGGUCGCCGACGCCGCCGGCGAGGUCAUCCGCAAGUACUUCCGCCAGAAAUUCGAUAUCCUCGAUAAGGACGAUCUCAGUCCAGUGACGAUUGCUGAUCGCAAUGCAGAGGAGUCUAUGGUCUCUAUUAUAUUGGAAAAAUUUCCUUCUCAUGCCAUUUUUGGGGAGGAAAAUGGUUGGAGGUGUAAGGAGGAAUCUGCUGAUUAUGUUUGGGUUUUGGACCCUAUUGACGGAACUAAGAGUUUCAUUACCGGAAAACCUUUGUUCGGUACUCUGAUCGCCCUUUUGCAUAAAGGCAAACCGACUAUUGGCAUCAUUGACCAACCUAUUCUAAAGGAAAGAUGGAUUGGGAUGACUGGAAGAAGAACUACAUUGAAUGGACGAGAAGUUUCUACACGACCCUGUAGCAAACUUUCCGAAGCCUAUAUGUAUACUACAAGUCCACAUCUCUUCAAUGGGGAGGCUGAAGAGGCUUUUAUUCGCGUCAGGAAUGAGGUGAAAGUACCACUGUAUGGCUGUGACUGUUAUGCCUAUGCGCUUCUGGCUUCUGGUUUUGUGGAUCUUGUCAUUGAAUCAGGACUUAAGCCCUAUGAUUUUCUUUCUCUGGUACCGGUAAUUGAAGGUGCUGGUGGAUCAAUCACAGACUGGAAAGGAAAUAAUCUUAAAUGGGAGGCAUCUUCUAAUUCAAGUGCAACGAGUUUUAAUGUGGCAGCAGCUGGAGAUCCUGAGCUGCAUAAAAAGGCAUUGGAGAUGCUGCAGUGGAAAUAAAGUGCUGGCUACUGGUUAUAACUGAGAAUUAGCGCGGGAUGUAAUCUGCAAGAUUAAGGGAGCAGGGUGAAAAAAAUGUUGCAAGCAACUUUUGUGAAGAUGUUGUUGUACAAUGUUAUUUAUGAUUUAGAAGAAAAAAUUUGCAGGCAGAGCAUUUGUUAUCGACAAUCAGCGAGGAAAAUGUUGAGUUGAGAGGAUAAUUUGACGUGUAAAAUUUCGAGUCUAUAAUAUUUGGAAUUUAGAUUUAAUGAUCAUUUAGUCGAAUAAUUUCUUA